AUGAGUGGGUGGGAAGAUCAUUCUGAUGCUGAUGAUGAUGGCAACAGUGUUUUCGGAGAAGCGCCUUUGCCCCCUGCAAAUAUCCAGCAGGUUGCAGAACAGAUUGCCCAGGGUUUAUUAAACCUUGAUGAGUCAAUGGAACCAGCUGAUGACGAAUUUGACAAUCCUGAUUCAUACAGUGUCGAGCUCCCAGUAGAAGACUCAGUUCCGGACGAAGACUUCCUCCCAAUUGGAGAUGCCCCUCCCGACGAUGACCCUGGGUUGGAAAUGCUGCCUCCUGUUACGAUAUCAAGUGCGCCUUGCAGCUUGAGUGGGGGUUCAGGGGUGUGGGGAGCUUUCCGGGGUUGGAGCGAAGUUUUCAGUUGUGGAGUGAAUUCUCAGAACUGGUCUCGCUAA